AUUCCCCGGUUAGCCAGCUGGCGGGGAUUAUAUGUUGUUUGAGUUAGACGAUCUUUGUACUACAUUGUAUCUAAUCACACAAAGCCACGUGUAUAUAUACACCUUUAGCAUAAUAAUUGGCUGUUUAAUUUAAAAGUAAAGAGAAGACGUGUGUUUUAUUGUACAUUCAUACAGUGCUAAAUUUGCAGACGACAGAUUUGCAGAAGGUAAAUCUUUUUCUGAAAUGGAUUUCACAUUUUUAUUGCUAGUGUUAGCUGUUGGCCUUGCUUGUGGUGAGAAAGAAACAGACAAGCAUGGAGCAGGACACAAACCACCCAGCCACAUGCACCAUGAUCAUGUCGAUAAAGAUGGCGAACACAAUUCCCAUUAUGACCAUGAGGCAGUAUUAGGGUCUAAAAAAUUAGAAGAAGAGUUUGAUGAUUUGAGUCCAGAGGAAUCAAAAAGACGAUUGGCAUUAUUGGUAAAGAAGAUGGAUGUAAAUGGUGAUGGAUUUGUAACAGCAGAGGAACUAACACAGUGGAUUCUUUCAUCUUUUCAAAAACUGGACGAAGAAGAUUCUUUAGAACAGUUAAAAGAACAUGAUACUGACAAAGAUGGGAAGGUGACAUGGAAAGAGUACAUUAGUAAACAGUAUGGUUAUAAUCCAGAAGAUAUGGAAGAUUUUAAGCACAGAGACCAAGAAGAUCUGGAAGACUUCAACAAGGUAAAAAAGAUGGUAGAAGAAGACCAUUCAAAGUUCAAUGCCGCAGAUGAAGACAAAGAUGGAGCACUGAAUGAGAAGGAAUAUGUAGCCUUCGAAUUCCCGUAUGACUUCAAACAUAUGCAUGAAGUUGAAAUGGACAGAUCUAUGAAAGAUUAUGAUAAAGAUACUGAUGGAUUUAUCUCAUUACAAGAAUUUCUUGGACAAGAGGGUGCUGAUGAUCCAGAAUGGGAAGCAACAGAAAAAGAAAGAUUUACAGAUUAUGAUAAAAAUAAUGAUGGGAAAUUAGACAAAGAGGAGAUGAAACCAUGGAUUUUACCAGAUAAUAUGGAAACAGCAACAGAGGAAUCAGACCAUUUAAUUGGCCGAGCUGAUGAUGAUAAAGAUGGAAAGCUAUCAGAAAAAGAAAUUGUUGAUCAUAACGAAGACUUUGUAGGCAGUCAAGCAACAAACUAUGGUGCAUUCCUUCCACACGAAGAAUUGUAACCUUCGCCUCUCUAGAACUACUUCAUAAUUUGUGAACAUGAUGCAAUGAGUAAAUAUUAUAUUAAAAAUCUAUUUUAAUUUUUUUUCUUUGAUAGUUGGGGGAUAGGAGAAAAUUGUUCAAAUACUGUCUCAUGUAUAUUUUUGACAAGAUAGUAGUGCUUUUCAUUUUUGUAAAAACCUAUAAAGCCUUAAUAUCUUUUGGAAAUUUUUAAAGGAAAUUAUUUUUUUAAAGCCAUGCCAGGAUAAUGUUGUUAUAAUCCCCAUUUUACCUUAUUGUAUCAUGUUGUGUAUUUUUUCAUUGCAUUUUUUUGUUUCAUUUGUUUUGUUAGUGUUGAAAAAAAAUUCCAUUUUUCAAUUUUUCAGGUUUGUUGUUCAUGAAAUUUGAAUCUGAUUAUUGUUAUAAAAGUUGUAUUUGUUUUAGAGCUUUAAUACACUGCUUUAAUAUGUAUCAUAGUUUUUAUAAGAAUACUAGUAUGGAUUAUUCUGCUGAAAGAUUUAGAUUUCAAACGAUUUAAGGUGGAGGUUGUUAGAAUUUAUAAUGAACAAAUUAGUGUAAUGAAUGUGAACCUUUUAUCAUGUGCAAUAAGUUAUAAUACUCCAGUUCUACAUGUAUAUAACAGUUAACAUAAUCAGGUGCUGAUGAUUUUUUACAUGUUGUAUUCAUAUCACAUUUAUUUAAAUGAGGAUCCUAUAAAAUAAGCUGAGAUUGAUAGUAUAUUAAGGGUAUAAACCGGACAAGGGGAGGCCAUUUUUGACAUGCUAAUAACUGUCAGAUGUGGAAAACUAAGUUGUAAAUUUGCUGUGAUAUGAAUAAUUUAAACCAUCUAUCUAUAAUUUCAUAUUAAGGUUGAGUUAAAGCAAUUCAUUUGUAUUAUUGUAAGGCUUGGAUUCAUUUGAACAGGUCACUAGUUAUGAUGUUACAUUAGUAAAAGUUUUAAAAUGUUUGAGAAAAAUUAAGCGAUGAUACUCAAGAUAUUUGAAUAUUAUCUGUAUUCUUAAAACACUGUAACAAUAUAUCUGUCUUUUUGUCAGAAACAUGUCAAUACAUAUAUGGUCAUCUAAAUUUGUACCUUCUAGAGUCUGAUUUCUCUAUAUAUCCAUUUUAAUUUUGUGGCUAGGAAGAUAAUGUGUUUCUUGAAUGAAAAUAAGCACUUGUAUCCUAAAUUAUUAUUGUGGAAUCCAAUGUAUCUGUUGGAUCAAUGGACAUGCCAUAAUAGUUUGUAGGACACCUUUAGUUCCUUAACUUUGAGCUUAAAAUCUUGAAUUGUUAAUUUUCAUAUUUUUUAACAACCUAUAUAUAUUAUAUUUCAAAAACCACAUAAAAAUUUAGACUAUUGAUAUUGUAAUGAAUUAUGAUGGAUUCGUGUGAGAUAUUUUUCUUUUAAAAGGACCAAAGUUAUGUUUUAUUGAUGAUGCAAGAUUUAGAAUAUGAUGUAGUUGUUAUUAAACUCUAAGCUUAUUAAAAGUUUUAUUUAUA